AGAGAGACAGAGAGACAGAGAGACAGGCACCAUGUAUCCCUCCCCGUCCUCACUGCUGCUGCUGAUGGUCUCCAGCUCCUGGGCCGCCCACUUCUACGGAGGAACAAUGACCUUCAACCCCAGAGGGAGCAACCCAGACGGAUCCUACAGGGUAAGACCAGUGACAUCAGGCUGCUUUUAACUAGCUUUUUUUUUGCUAGUAAACAACCAGAAUUUUGGAAACAUUCAAGGAUUUUGGGGAGUUUUUAUAACAUUAUUCUAACAUGAAUAAUAUAACCCAAAAAGAACCCAUCAACUUAGUGAUGUCACGACUUCCCCCGUGUGCCUUGUUUUCUCCAGUGCGCCGUUAAACCGCACUGUAGUGUUUUACGCAUUGCUGCAUACCGCUGUAUUUCCCGAAUAAACCAUUUAUUCUGUGAUUUACCCUCAUGUGCCUGACUCUGUCCAAAUCACCCGCUACAAAUAAAUACUGUUAGUCUUAAAUGAGGGUUUUAGUUUUUAGGAAUAUCGUUUAGCCUUCUUUUUCUCAUUAUUUAUUUUAUUAUGUCAAUAUAUCUUUGUUGUAAAUGUUUUGGGGCCGAACUGGUGGCAGUAGUUGGAAGAGUUGCAGAGUUAAUUGGAAAUUACGUCAUUGUUGAUUAGAUGCUUUUUCAAUUCAUUAGGCGAUUUUCUCCUCAACCAGAUGGUCUAUCUAGUAGAAACAAAUGGACAACAUGGACACAGAUAUAAUUAAUAUGAAGAAAAAAAAUGAAAACAGGAAAAAAAAUGUCAAGUAUAAAUUACUAAAGUUUGUAUAGAUUUCCUAAAUUACCUGUUAUCCUCUAAAAGUCUAAGCUGUUGGGGAAUGUUUUUAAGAUGGUCAUACCAUGGAUCAUUUAGCUAUUUGAUUUGGAAUUUUAGGACCCCUUUAGGUAUCAACAUAAAAAAAAUAAUAUAUAUAUAUAUAUUGAAUUUGACCUUUACUACCACAGCCCAUGGAAACGUAUUGAAUAACACAUUCAUAAAUGGCAAAAAAGACAGUGAAAAAAUUAAUCAUAAGGAAUUAGGUUUUGAAGUGUCUGUCCUAUAUCUAGGAGAUAAGAAAGCUCAGGAUUAUUAUUUUUUUGGGACACAUAUUUAACCCCUUAUUUUUGUUGCCACAAAACUUUCCCCUUGGACAUCAUUGUGUAAUUUAUUGUCUAGCCCCCGUGAUCAUAAUAUGCCAUUCAGCAGACGCUUUUAUCCAAAGCGACUUACAGUCAUGCGUGCAUACAUUUUUGCGUAUGGGUGGUGCCGGGGAUUGAACCCACUACCUUGGCGUUACAAGCGCCGUGCUCUACCAGCUGAGCUACAGAGGACCACAUCAAUCCGAAGUCAAAACAACUAUUGUUGCACAUCAGUCGGCUGAAGCUAAUUGGCGAAAUAAUUUGGCAAACUCUUCCCACCUGCAAACACAAACAAGAGCCACCCCAAAACCAACUCACAUUUGAAUUCUGUUGUGGCAUUUCUUAAUGAACCAAAUCUAAAACGAGGCCAAAUCAGGAAGUGCAGUCGCCCUUGACAUUUUUAUAAAGUGGUGGUCGUUGCAGGUGGACCUUCGCUAUAAGACAGGAUUUCACAGCUGCACCUUUUCUGAUACCUGGGUUUGUGUCAGUGGGGACUGUGGGACUCGGACUAGUCUAGCGGUUCAGACAGUGGACCAGGAGACAUCUGGAGCCUGGUGUCAGACAGAGGGACUCAUGACGAGACACGUCUCCAAUAACACACACACUUUUGAUCUGCGGUGAGUGAUCUGCAUUAUAUGUGAUGUCAUAAGUUCAUUAGAUAAAUGUUUUAUAAGUUACAUCAGUUGGAUCUUCCAUCCAUUACUAACAUGUUUAUGUACCUGAUCUGUAGUUACAGUGUACAGCUAAGUUAUUGCAUCCUGGUAACCAAAGUAGUUAUGGGGCCAAUGGGCAACAUACAGUUGAAGUAGGAAAUGUACAUACACUUAGGUUGGAGUCAUUAAAACUAGUUUUUCAACCACUCCACACAUUUCUUGUUAACAAACUAUAGUUUUGGCAAGUCGGUUAGGACAUUUACUUUGUGCAUGACACAAGUAAUUUUUCCAACAAUUGUUUACAGACAGAUUAUUUCACUUAUAAUUCACUGUAUCACAAUUCCAGUGGGUCAGAAGUUUACAUACACUAAGUUGACUGCGCCUUUAAACAGCUUGGAAAAUUCCAGAAAAUGAUGUCAUGGCGUUAGAAGCUUCUGAUAGGCUAAUUGACAUCAUUUGAGUCAAUUGGAGGUGUACCUGUGGAUGUAUUUCAAGGCCAACCUUCAAACUCAGUGCCUGUUUGCUUGACAUCACAGGAAAAUCAAAAGAAAUCAGCCAAGACCUCAGAAAAAUAAUUGUAGACCUCCACAUGUCUGGUUCAUCCUUGGGAGCAAUUUCCAAAUGCCUGAAGGUACCACGUUCAUCUGUACAAACAGUAGUAUGCAAGUAUAAACACCAUGGGACCACGCAGCCGUCAUACCGCUCAGGAAGGAGACGCGUUCUGUCUCCUAAAGAUGAACGUACUUUGGUGGGAAAAGUGCAAAUCACUCCCAGAACAACAGCAAAGGACAGUGUGAAGAUGCUGGAGGAAACAGGUACAAAGGUAUCUAUAUCCACAAUAAAACGAGUCCUAUAUCGACAUAACCUGAAAGGCCGCACAGCAAGGAAGAAACCACUGCUCCAAAACCGCCAUAAAAAAGCCAGACUAUGGUUUGCAACUGCACAUGGGGACAAAGAUCAUACUUUUUGGAGAAAUAUCCUCUGGUCUGAUGAAACAAAAAUAGAACUGUUUGCCCAUAAUGACCAUCGUUAUGUUUGGAGGAAAAGGGGGGAUGCUUGCAAGCCAAUGAACAACAUCCUAACUGUGAAGAACGGGGGUGGCAGCAUCAUGCUGUGGGGGUGCUUUGCUGCAGGAGGGACUGGUGCACUUCACAAAAUAGAUGGCAUCAUGAGGAAGGAAAAUUAUGUGGAUAUAUUGAAGCAACAUCUCAAGACAUCAGUCAGGAUGUCAAAGCCUGGUCGCAAAUGGGUCUUCCAAAUGGACAAUGACCCCAAGCAUACUUCCAAAGUUGUGGCAAAAUGGCUUAAGGACAACAAAGUCAAGGUAUUGGAGUGGCCACAAAGCCCUGACCUCAAUCCUAUAGAAAAUGUGUGAGCAGAACUAAAAAAGCGUGUGCAAGCAAGGAGGCCUACAAACCUGACUCAGUUACACCAGCUCUGUCAGGAGAAAUGGGCCAGAAUUCACCCAACUCAUUGUGGGAAGCUUGUGGAAGGCUACCCAAAACAUUUGACCCAAGUUAAACAAUUUAAAGGCAAAUACUAAUUGAGUGUAUGUAAACUUCUGACCCACUGGGAAUGUGAUGAAAGAAAUAAAAGCUGAAAUAAAUCGUUCUCUCUACUAUUAUUCUGACAUUUCACAUUCUUAAAAUAAAGUGGUGAUCCUAAUUGACCCAAGACAGGGAAUUUUUACUAGGAUUAAAUGUUAGGAAUUGUGAAAAACUGAGUUUAAAUGUAUUUGGCUAAGGUGUAUGUAAACGUCUGACUUCAGCUCCAUAUGUACAGUAUUUGAACAGUGAAACUGUAAUUUUAAAUGUGGCAUUUUGAGAUCAAAUUUGAGAUCAAAUGCGUCAUACGAGGUGACAGUACAAGAAAUGCUCCUUUUAUUUGAAGGUAUUUUUCACUAUCCUCCACAAUAAACAAUCACACACAAAUACAAGGGGGCAGAGGGAACACUUAUACAUGUACUGAUGAGGGGAUAUGAACCACGGGUGUUUAAUAAACAAGACAAAACAAAUGGAAUGAUGAGAUGAGGAGCGGCAGUGGCUAGAAGGCCGGUGACGAUGACCGCCGAAGCCUGCCCGAACAAGGAGAGGAGGUAGCUUCGGAGGAAGUCGUGACACUUGGUUACCACCUUGACCAAGGCCCUUCUCCCCUGAUUGCUCAGUUUUGGCCGGGCGGCCAGCUCUAGGAAGAGUCUUGGUGGUUCCAAACUUCUUCCAUUUAAGAAUGAUGGAGGCCACUGUGUUCCUGGGGACCUUCAAUGCUGCAGAAAUUUUUUGGUACCCUUCCCCAGAUCUGUGCCUCGACACAAUCCUGUCUCGGCGCUCUACGGACAAUUCCUUCGACCUCAUGGCUUGGUUUUUUCUCUGACAUGCACUGUCAACUGUGGGACAUUAUAUAGACAGGUGUGUUUAUAUCAUGUCCAAUCAAUUACAUUUACCACAGGUGGACUCCAAUCAAGUUGUAGAAACAUCUCAACGAUGAUCAAUGGAAACAGGAUGGACCUGAGCUCAAUUUCGAGUCUCAUAGCAAAGCGUCUGAAUACUUAUGCAAAUGAAAAUGGUAAAAACCUGUUUUAGCUUUGUCAUUAUGGGGUAUUGUGUGUAGAUUGAUGAGGGGGUGAAAUUAUUUAAUCAAUUUUAGAAUAAGGCUGUAACGUAACAAAAUGUGGAAAAAGGGAAGGGGUCCAAAUACAUUUCGAAUGCACUGUAUUCCUCAAUAUUAAAAGAGACAUGACGAGCUGCUAAUAAUAAUAAUAAUAAUAAUAAUAAUAAUAAUAAUAAUAAUAACAAAAAGACAGGUCUAUUGAUUCACACGGCUACUCAUUCAUUGCAGCUGCAGCGCGAGUGGAAGUAGGGCGUUUUCUGUUUUGUAAUAGUGUUGAAUAAAAACAGCAUUGACAGUGCUGAAUUAAAAAGUUAAACAUGAACUCACUCAUAAAAACAGCAGCUCUUUGCUGUAUUCUUUGACAGUCUCUCUCUGGUCAUGUUAUACGUUUAUGAAAUCUCACGUAGGCUAGUGUCAAACGUUGUUGUGGAUGCUGUAGGUAAGUAAGGUGAUUUGAGCUAUCAGAUUGACCAGCGCAGUAGGCUAGUAUCAAACGUUGUUGUGGAUGCUGUAGGUAAGUAAGGUGAUUUGAGUUAUCAGAUUGACCAGCGCAGUAGGCGCACUCAAUUUAGCCACAGAUCUCCUGGUAGGUAGGUGGGUUUUUGUCUUUUUCGGAAAUAUGAAGGGGUUCAAAAUGGGUAUACUUUGCCUACCCGGUGUGCAGGACAUCUGAAUCAACCGCACCUACCGCCAAAAGCGCAACAGAAACAAUUUAAAAGUAGUGCAAGCUUUUAUCGUUGGCUUUUCUACAGAAAUGUUUGGUGAUCGACUAGGAAUACCUUGGCGAUCGACUAGGAAUACCUUGGCGAUCGACUAGGAAUACCUUGGCGAUCGACUAGGAAUACCUUGGCGAUCGACUAGGAAUACCUUGGCGAUCGACUAGGAAUACCUUGGCGAUCGACUAGGAAUACCUUGGCGAUCGACUAGGAAUACCUUGGCGAUCGACUAGGAAUACCUUGGUGAUCGACCGGUUGGUGGCCACUGGUGUAGCUUCUGUAACUUUCUCAGUCAUCAUUAUUCAGGAUUUGUAUUAAUCAUGGCAUUAUCAGGAUUAAUUUAGAAGUGUUCAGAAACAUCUUAUCUACUCAGUAACAAAAUUACUUCAGUCAUAUUAUUCACCAUUCACUUCCUAUUGGGCAAAACAUAAUCCUAAACGCAACCAAAAACAUUUACAUUUACAUUUUAGUCAUUUAGCAGACGCUCUUAUCCAGAGCGACUUACAGGAGCAAUUAGGGUUAAGUGCCUUGCUCAAGGGCACAUUUACGUCAUUUAGCAGACGCUCUUAAACAGAGCGACUCACAAAUUGGUGCAUUCACCCUAUAGGCAGUGGGAUAACCACUUUACAAUUUUUGGGGGGGGGGGGGGGGGGUAGAAGGAUUACUUUAUCCUAUCCCAGGUAUUCCUUAAAGAGGUGGGGUUUCAAAUGUCUCCGGAAGGUGGUGAGUGACUCCACUGUCCUGGCGUCGUGAGGGAGCUUGUUCCACCAUUGGGGUGCCAGAGCAGCGAACAGUUUUGACUGGGCUGAGCGGGAACUAUGCUUCCGCAGAGGAAGGGGAGCCAGCAGGCCAGAGGUGGAUGAACGCAAUGCCCUCGUUUGGGUGUAGGGACUAAUCAAAGCUCGAAGGUACAGAGGUGCCGUUCCCCUCACUGCUCCAUAGGCAAGCACCAUGGUCUUGUAGCGGAUGCGAGCUUCAACUGGAAGCCAGUGGAGUGUGUGGAGGAGGGGGGGUGACGUGAGAAAACUUGGGAAGGUUGAACACCAGACGGGCUGCGGCAUUCUGGAUGAGUUGUAGGGGUUUAAUGGCACAGGCAGGGAGGCCAGCCAACAGCGAGUUGCAGUAGUCCAGACGGGAGAUGACAAGUGCCUGGAUUAGGACCUGUGCCGCUUCCUGUGUAAGGCAGGGUCGUACUCUCCGAAUGUUGUAGAGCAUGAACCUGCAGGAGCGGGUCACCGCCUUGAUGUUAGCGGAGAACGACAGGGUGUUGUCCAGGGUCACGCCAAGGCUCUUCGCACUCUGGGAGGAGGACACAACGGAGUUGUCAACCGUGAUGGCGAGAUCAUGGAACGGGCAGUCCUUCCCCGGGAGGAAGAGCAGCUCCGUCUUGCCAGGGUUCAGCUUUAGGUGGUGAUCCGUCAUCCAUACUGAUAUGUCUGCCAGACAUGCAGAGAUGCGAUUCGCCACCUGGUUAUCAGAAGGGGGAAAGGAGAAGAUUAGUUGUGUAUCGUCAGCGUAGCAAUGAUAGGAGAGGCCAUGUGAGGAUAUGACAGAGCCAAGUGACUUGGUGUACAGGGAGAAAAGGAGAGGGCCUAGAACUGAGCCCUGGGGGACACCAGUGGUGAGAGCACGUGGUGCGGAGACAGCUUCUCGCCACGCCACUUGGUAGGAGCGACCGGUCAGGUAGGACGCAAUCCAGGAGUGAGCCGCGCCGGAGAUGCCCAGCUCGGAGAGGGUGGAGAGGAGGAUCUGAUGGUUCACAGUAUCAAAGGCAGCAGACAGGUCUAGAAGGACAAGAGCAGAGGAGAGAGAGUUAGCUUUAGCAGUGCGGAGAGCCUCCGUGACACAGAGAAGAGCAGUCUCAGUUGAAUGACCAGUCCUGAAACCUGACUGGUUUGGAUCAAGAAGGUCAUUCUGAGAGAGAUAGCAAGACAGUUGGCUAAAGACGGCUAAAAGUUGGCUAAAAAGUUGGCUAAAAACAAACUGCAAAUGGAUCCAACAAGUUCGCAGAGUCACAAGUUUGAUGUAUUCAUUGCGUGCUAAGAAUAUGGGACCAAAUACUAAACCUUUGACUACUUUAAUACACUGUAAGCCAGUUUUGUCCAAAUACUUAUGACAUCGUCAAAUGGGGGAGACUAGAUAUACAAAGUGCUUUCAUUUCUAAAUGGUAAAUCACAUUUGUAUGAAAAUACCCUCAAAUAAAAGCUGACAUUCUGUACUGUCACCUCAUAUGAAACAUUUGAUCUCAAAUCCAAAAUUCUGAAGUAUAGAGCCAUAUGAAAUGUUUAAGCUUCACUGUCCAAAUACAUACGGAGGGCAGUGUAUUGUCCCCAUUUCUGGUUAUUGUAUCCUGGUUACCAAAGUAGUUAUAGGACCUAUGGGCAACAUACACACUGUCCCAUUUCUGGGCAACAGUAUAUAAAGGAAAAAACCCACAUUGAUGAAUAAAUACAGUACUGUACAUGCUGAACUACUCACCAUAUACAGUAACAACAAGAGUGUUUAGGAGUGUUCAAGGUGUUUGGUAACUCAGUCUUUCCUUCUUCUUCUGUCUCUUACAUCAUUACAGUAUGGAUGGGGGUAACUGGAUAUCCACCAUUAAUAAUGUUUUGGGUUGGAGGCUGUUGACUCAUGUGGAUCUUGGGGUCAGGUCUGACACGGGGAAAGCCAACCGAUCUCCACAGACCACCGUCAUACCUCUGAUGCGGUAAAUACUCCUAUUACUCAUAAAGGACCACAUAGCCAUUUAUAUCUGAGCAAUAUUUCCAACUGUUAUUUACUUGUAUUCGUAAAACGAGAUAUACCUAUUAGAGAUUCAUAUUUAUUUCAGUGUAAAAAAAGUGAUUGUAUGAGUCUGUGUUGUAUUGUAGAAAGGGUACCGUAAUAAUAAAGUCUCUCUCCCUCUCUGUCUCCCCCCUCUCUCUUCCUCUUCCUCUCACUCUCCCUCCCCCUCUUCUCCCUCCCUCCUCUCCCUCUCUCCCUCUCUCACUCUCUCCCUCCUCCCCCUCUCUCCCUCCCUCCUCCCCCUUUCUCCCUCCUCUCCAUUCACAGUGUCCCAGUCAAUUGUCAUAGAGAUUUCAACCUGUUGUCCUUUGACCCGGACGGGGAUACGGUCAGAUGCAGAGAUGCAGUACCAACAGAUGAGUGUGUCACGUCUAGUAACCUUCCUGGUGUUGACUUUACUCUACGAGGGGUUAGUAUCCAAAAUAAACCAAAAACAAAUGGACAAUGAUGACAGUGGUGAAAGGGUUAACUAGUUAAGAGUUAUAUUUGGUAUAUUGGGAGUUGAUAAGUUAUUGUCGAUGACAAUAACGUGAUUGAUAUAACUUUCCAGGUUGAGGGUCCCAAGUUAGUGUAUGAGUAAAUACUGCCACCUAGUGGAGAGAGAUAGCUAAUGGAAUAAGACAGGAACUGUACGAACAGAAGUACAAAGUUCAAGCGUUUUGUUGUGUGUGUAGGUGUCACCCAUAGAGAAAAACCUCAUUUAAAGAAAAGGAAAGUUAUUUAGCUGAAAUGGCACCACUUAAAAAAGGGCAGUCUGCAGUUCUAUCAACAACAAAGCCGUGACUCCACCACUAUUUCGGUAAACAGCUGAGGGAUGAGGUUGGAGAAAUGUAACCACUCUAAAAGUCACAGACGGAGCUAUGGAUGCCAUGACUCCAUGAUAUCAAAUGUAUAGUUUUAACCAUGUUUUGAGGCUAGUUUACAAUUAGCUUGUUUACAAACAAUAGAGUAAAACAAGCUUAUAUUUGGGGUUCUAAUGAGGUACGACAGUUGAACUAAGCCCCUGAGGCAUUUGUGAGUUAUAUACUUCAAGAAUCAAUGGGUUUAUAUAAUUAUUUUAAAAGUUAAAAAAAAUAUAUAUAUAUAUGUAUGAAGGAAUUGUGGAUUGCCCCUUUUAAUCUUGUUUUUAUCUUCUCCCUUUAGGACUGCACCUUGUCAUUUUGGAGCAACAGUAACACCACUGGAACAUAUGCAGUUCAGAUGAUGAUGGAGGAUUUCCCUACUCAGUCCAUCUCCCUCUCCUAUACCGAUGGCUCUCAAUCUAACAGCACCACUGGCCAGACACUCAGCAAACUGCCCGUUCAGUUUGCAAUAACAGGUAUAUACAGUGAGGGGAAAAAAAGUAUUUGAUCCUCUGCUGAUUUUGUAUGUUUGCCCACUGACAAAGAAAUGAUCAGUCUAUAAUUUUAGUGGUAGGUUUAUUUGAACAGUGAGAGACAGAAUAACAACAACAAAAAAUCCAGAAAAACGCAUGUCAAAAAUGUUAUAAAUUGAUUUGCAUUUUAAUGAGGAAAAUAAGUAUAUGUAAUCCCCUCUCAAUCAGAAAGAUUUCUGGCUCCCAGGUGUCUUUUAUACAGGUAACAAGCUGAGAUUAGGAGCACACUCUUAAAGGGAGUGCUCCUAAUCGCAGCUUGUUACCUGUAUAAAAGACACCUGUCCACAGAAGCAAUCAAUCAAUCAGAUUCCAAACUCUCCACCAUGGCCAAGACCAAAGAGCUCUCCAAGGAUGUCAGGGACAAGAUUGUAGACCUACACAAGGCUGGAAUGGGCUACAAGACCAUCGCCAAGCAGCUUGGUGAGAAGGUGACAACAGUUGGUGUGAUUAUUCGCAAAUGGAAGAAACACAAAAUAACUGUCAAUCUCCCUCGGCCUGGGGCUCCAUGCAAGAUCUCACCUCGUGGAGUUGCAAUAAUCAUGAGAACGGUGAGGAAUCAGUCCAGAACUAAACGGGAGGAUCUUGUCAAUGAUCUCAAGGCAGCUGGGACCAUAGUCACCAAGAAAACAAUUGGUAACACACUACGCUGUGAAGGACUGAAAUCCUGCAGCACCCGCAAGGUCCCCCUGCUCAAGAAAGCACAUAUACAGGCCCGUCUGAAGUUUGCCAAUGAACAUCUGAAUGAUUCAGAGGAGAACUGGGUGAAAGUGUUGUGGUCAGAUGAGACCAAAAUCAAGCUCUUUGGCAUCAACUCAACUCGCCGUGUUUGGAGGAGGAGGAAUCCUGCCUAUGACCCCAAGAACACCAUCCCCACCGUCAAACAUGGAGGUGGAAACAUUAUGCUUUGGGGGUAUUUUUCUGUUAAGGGGACAGGACAACUUCACCGCAUCAAAGGGACGAUGGACGGGGCCAUGUACCGUCAAAUCUUGGGUGAGAACCUUCUUCCCUCAGCCAGGGCAUUGAAAAUGGGUCAUGGUUGGGUAUUCCAGCAAGUACUAAGUCAUGUUUUGCAGAGGGGUCAAAUACUUAUUUCCCUCAUUAAAAUGCAAAUCAAUUUAUAACAUUUUUGACAUGCGUUUUAUUUGAUUUUUUUGUUGUUUUUCUGUCUCUCACUGUUCAAAUAAACCUACAAUUAAAAGUAUAGACUGAUCAUGUCUUUGUCAGUGUGCAAACGUACAAAAUCAGCAGGGGAUCAAAUACAUUUUUUCCCUCACUGUAUAUGAGAUCUAAAAGGCUCAGUUUACACGUAGCCUGUCAUGUAGCCAGUCAUGUAGCCAGUCACGUAGCCUGGGUACCAAUCUGUUUAGCCAACAUUCCAUUUCUUGUACUUCAUGUCAUUGUGGAAUGUUGGUUAAACAGACUGGUAUCCAGGCUAGAUGUCAUGUGUUGUAUCUCAAAACACCAUGGGUUGUCUUCUAGUCGACCCCGUGGUGCCAUCCUGUACGGAGGGGGUGUACAUACCCAUGUUCCUGUCUCCAACGCCAGCCCAGGGUGCACUGCUCUACGCCUCCGCAGACCAUCCCCUGGAGAUCACUGUCAGAGCACAGGCUACCAACUCCGUGUAAGAGAAACAACGUGGAAAACACUUCACUUAGCCAAUAGGUUUAACCAAAAUCAGGGCUGUCAAACUCACUUCCUGGAGUGCCCGGGUGUGUGUGUGUGUCUCCAGGUAUUUGCUCCUCCCUUGUACUUGAUUGAUAUAUUAUAAUAUAAUAGCUUAUUAUGACCUAUCCUCAUCUGGUUUUCUAGGCCUUUAAUUUGAAACAAAUUGAAAAUGAAAUAACAGAAACCAGCUGACACAUGGUCCUCCAGGAACUGAGUUUGACCCGCUGGCCUAAUGCAUUAUGACCGUCAGAGAAGCACUUUGUAAAAUGAUUUCUCACCACUGGGUGGAAGCACUGACUGUGGAUCUAGACCCUAGAGACCAUGAUGACAUUAGUUUAGAGUACACUACAGAGUACUCAAGAUAGACAAAUGUGCAAAACUGAUCUGUUUCCUGUUUCCUGCUCUGGCAUGUACAGUAAAUGCCUAAAUACAUUAAUAUGGGUAAUCAAUCAGCUUUAUUCAUGACAUUCAUAUGGGUAUUCAAUCAGGUUUAUUCAACUGACAUUUUCAUAGUGCAAAGGGAGUGUAAAACAUUACCAUAAACCUUAUUAUAAUCUGUCAGUGUGAUUUAAUUCAAAGCUUUUCUUCAACAAUGUCAGUUAUAAAGAAGAGACUAUUCGUGUAUUGCUCAAUUGACUAAACUUUAGUUAAAUAAUCCACUCCUUAUAAACGCACAUUGUUGAAGAACAGUGCCUAAUUAAAUCACACUGCCAGAUUAUAAUAAGGUUUAUGGUAAUUUUCGCACAUUGCUUUUGCACUAUGAAAAUGUGGCCCCAUUGUCUUUUCCUCUCCCUGUGCUUAAGGGUUUCAGAGCUGUUGAUGAGUGGACCUGGCUACAUCACAGAGAACACCACUAGCCCAGGAGAGUACCUUCUAAGAUGGACGCCUACUGAUGAUGAGGAGGGAGGGUACUAUCCUGUGUGCUUCAUCACUCAGGGAGUGCUCGGCAGGUCAGUCUGCAUGCUAGUUUAACUUGAAACUUAUGGCACAACAGAAUGUGUUCUCAAUGACUUACCUGAUUUAAAUAAAGGUCAAAUAAAAAACGAAAAACUUGAACUUGAAACUUGUUUAACCAGGCAUUUCUGUAGCCUACUAUUAAGACUAUUGAAUAUGAAUGCCUUUAGUUGAUUGGGUAAUAUGAUUGGAAAGUAUCAACAGCAGACAAAAAACAAGUUGUCUUUAACCACUACAUUGGUUUUAACGGUGUGUGGUUUGUUUUAUUUUGUAAUGCUUUAAUAAAAUGCUGUGUAAACAAAGAUCUGAACAGUGUAACGGUUGUUCUCACUUCUGUUGAUCUCAGUUCCAGUUAUCAAUCUGAGCUGCGCUGUGUGAUCAUCAGCGUUAACUCAAGGGGUGGGUAUAACUACAGCAUGUUCUCCUGAAAUUAUUGAUCCCAUUUCUGGUGUUUCUGGUAGUUUCACUGCUACAGAGAGAUGCUAGUUAAUAAGCAUGUUAGAGAGAAAGGCAUAACUCCCAAUCAACCAACCAACCAAUACAUCAAUUUAUGUUUGUCUGUCUGUCUUUGUGCUACAGCCAUCACAACCACAGCUGAGCCUACAACCCCCCCUCCUCUGACAACACAACUCACAACCACACCGGUUGCAACUACAUUUCCAACUACCACCCAACCAACUACUGAACUCACAACUUUCAGUACAAACCCAACCACAGAACUCACAACUGACCUCAAAACAUUCAGUGCACGCCCAACAACUGAACUAACAACUGAAUCCACAACUCAGCUUACAACUACCACAGCGCCCACACCUACUGACUUCACAAAUGUCGGUACAAACCCAACCACUGAUCUCACAACCAACGGUGCGGGCAAUACAACAAUGAGUAGUGGGCCUAGUAAGUAUGGUAUUAACAUUUGUUCAAACUUUUAAAAAAAUAAUUUUUGUGUGUUAUAACAAUUGUAACCCAUUGUGUAUCUACAGGAUACAUUGUUGGACUGAGGAUGAAACUCUCCUCUCUGACACCAUUGACAGAUGAUUACAUCAGAGAAAUGGUCUUACAGCAGGUCAGUGUCACUCUGUCAGAUCAGACGUGUUCAUACUAAGCUAACAUCAGGGUUCUCCUCAGCUCUACCUGAUAAUCACGUCUACCACUGUGUCUGUGUGCAGCUCCGUGAGGAACUGAUCAGACGAGGGCUGUCAGGGAAUGUCACACUACGCCUGAGAGCCACUCAAGAGAUCAGCCCCUGA